GUGGAUGUGGCAGAAUCGUUGAAGGAGACGCAAAAGACAUGUACAACGUUCUUUAUAACAUAUUAGGAAAACUUCCAAAAGAUACAAAAGUUUACUGUGGCCAUGAAUGUGCUAGACUAAAUCUUCAGUUCGCGAAUACGGUAGAUCCUAACAAUAAUAAUAUACGAAAAAAAUUGUCAUGGUCUCAAACUACACAUUGUACCGUUCCUAGCACUAUUGAAGAAGAAUUAGAAUAUAACCCCUACCUAAGGGUUUCGGAUCCAGCUAUUCAACAAGCCACAGGCGUUACUGAUCCAUACGAAGUUACUCGAAUGCUGAGAGCAUUAAAUGACACGUUCAUGAGCCAAACGGACGGAAGCAAUGGGUUGGGAGUUCAUGGGAUUAAUGAAAGUGAGAAUAAUGUUAAUGAGAUGAAUGGAGUUCAUAAUGGAAUCGCAG